AUGCGCAUUUCUAUUAUAGAACCAAAAAACAUGCAUGAAAAAUCAAAAACUCUAAUUUCUCUACUAACAACUUUACUUCCUUCAUCCGAGGUUGUUAAAGUACACACAGACGAUGCAGAAAUUCGUAUUGACAUAAUUCAAGAUGUAGUACCAAAAUAUCUUGUUUUAGCAAAAAAAGGCGUUUAUCAAUUUGCUCUUAAAAUUUGUGAAUAUAGAGAAGUGCCUACUAAAUUUUCUGUCUCUAAAAAUACGCAACUUGUUUUAAAUAAUUUUUCUACAGAAAUUGGAAUACAGCUAGCACAUUGUUUUAUGGACAUAUUUCCAUGUGAUGUGAACAGCAGGCAGAUAGUUAAUUUUACAGUAAAAAAUGAGUUUUUAUAUUUUAGAAUGUACCAGUACUGUUUUAGCAAGGAAGGGCCGAUAUUUGCUAAAGUGGGUCCACAUAUAAGUUUUAGACUUGUUAAAUAUACUGAUUAUACAAAAGAAGAAAAGGUUGUUGGAGAAUAUUUAGAUUUUAGUAAAAAGAAAUGUAUGUUAUAG